UUUGGCAGACACCACCCGGAAGACGCCGCCGCAGUUGGUCCGAGCCGCCCGCCGCCAUCGAGCGACAAGAUCCACUGACAGAAUGGGGUUCACAUGUGACCAGUGUGGAAAGGUGUGGCCAAAUGCUUCAGAACUGAAAAGGCACUACAGAAGCCACACAGGAGAAAGACCAUACAGCUGUGACCAGUGUGGAAAAGAAUUUAAACACUCUAAUCAUCUCCAUCGCCAUAUGAGAACUCAUACAGGAGAGAGACCAUACAAGUGUGACCAGUGUGGAAAAGAAUUUAGACGCUCUAGUCAUCUCCAAAAUCACAUGAGAAUCCACACAGGUGGAAGACCAUACAGCUGUGAUGUUUGUGGGACAAAAUUUAGACACGCUUGUCAUCUCCAUCAGCAUAUGACAACUCAUACAGGAGGGAAGGAAUUUAGGCAGUCCAGUGUUCUCUUUCAACACAUGAGAACCCACACAGGUGAAAGACCAUACAGCUGUGAUGUUUGUGGGACGAAAUUUAGACACGCUUGUCAUCUCCAUCAGCAUAUGAGAACUCACACAGGAGAGAGGCCAUACAACUGUGACCAGUGUGGGAAGAAAUUUCGACAGUCCAGUUGCCUUUAUCGACAUAUGAGAAUCCACAAAGGAGAGAAACCAUUUGAAUGUGACCAGUGUGGGAAGGAAUUUAGACAAUCCAAUGGCCUCUAUCGACAUAUGAGAAUCCACACAAGAGAGAAACCAUUUGAAUGUGACCAGUGUGGGAAGGAAUUUAUACAAUCUGGUCAUCUCCAUAAACAUAUGAGAACUCACACAGGAGAGAAACCAUUUGAAUGUGACCAGUGUGGGAUGGCAUUUGCACAUUCUGGUGACCUCAUUCAACAUAUGAGAAUCCACACAGGGGAAAAACCAUACAGAUGUGAUAUUUGUGAAAAGGCAUUUUCAGAUUCAGGUAGCCUUGUAACACAUAAGAGAAUCCACACUGGAGAGAGGCCAUACGCGUGUGACCAGUGUGGGAAAAAGUUCUAUGUAUCACGCAGUGGAAUACUGAAAAGACACUAUAGAAUCCACACGGGAGAAAGACCAUACAGGUGUGACCAGUGUGGGAUGGAAUUUACACAGACCAGUUACCUCAAACAACAUAUGAGAACUCACACAGGAGAGAAACCAUUUGAAUGUGACCAGUGUGGAAAGGAGUUUUCACUCGCUAGUAAUCUCAGUCAACAUAUGAGAAUUCACAGUGGGGAAAAACCAUACAAAUGUGAUGUUUGUGAAAAGACAUUUUCACAGUCAACCCACCUUGUAUCACAUAUGAGAACUCAUACUGGAGAGAAACCUUUUGAAUGUGACCAGUGUGGGAAGGCAUUUAUACAAUCUAGUGAUCUCCUUAAACAUAUGAGAAUCCACACUGGGGAAAAACCAUACAGAUGUGAUGUUUGUGAAAAGAGAUUUUCAGAUUCAAGCCACCUCAUAUCACAUAUGAGAAUCCACACUGGGGAGAAGCCAUACAAGUGUGACCAGUGCGGGAAGGCAUUUAUGCAAUCUUCUGCUCUUGUUCGACAUAUGCCAAUCCACACAGGGGAAAAACCAUACAAAUGUGAUGUUUGUGAAAAGGCAUUUUCACUUUCAGGCCAACUUGUGUCACACAUGAGAACUCACACUGGAGAGAGGCCAUACGAGUGUGACCAGUGUGGGAUGGAAUUUACACAGACCAGUAACCUCAAACAACAUAUGAGAACUCACACAGGUGAGAAACCAUUUGAAUGUGACCAGUGUGGAAAGGCAUUUUCAAAAUCUAGUAAUCUCAGUCAACAUAUGAGAACCCACACAGGGGAAAAAACGUACAGAUGUGAUGUUUGUGAAAAGACAUUUUCACUGUCAAGCAACUUUAAAGCACAUAUGAGAACUCACACAGGAGAGAAACCAUUUGAAUGUGACCAGUGUGGAAAGGCGUUUGCACUAGCUGGUAAUCUCAGUCAACAUUUGAGAACCCACACAGGGGAAAAAACGUACAGAUGUGAUGUUUGUGAAAAGACAUUUUCACUGUCAAGCAACUUUAAAGCACAUAUGAGAACUCACACAGGAGAGAAACCAUUUGAAUGUGACCAGUGUGGAAAGGCGUUUGCACUAGCUGGUAAUCUCAGUCAACAUAUGAGAAUUCACAGUGGGGAAAAACCAUACAAAUGUGAUAUUUGUGAAAAGACAUUUUCACAGUCAACCCACCUUGUAUCACAUAUGAGAACUCACACUGGAGAGAAACCUUUUGAAUGUGACCAGUGUGGGAAGGCAUUUAUACAAUCUAGUGAUCUCCAUAAACAUAUGAGAAUCCACACUGGGGAAAAACCGUACAGAUGUGAUGUUUGUGAAAAGAGAUUUUCAGAUUCAAGCCACCUCAUAUCACAUAUGAGAAUCCACACUGGGGAGAGGCCAUACAAGUGUGACCAGUGCGGGAAGGCAUUUAUGCAAUCUUCUGCUCUUAUUCGACAUAUGCCAAUCCACACAGGGGAAAAACCAUACAAAUGUGAUGUCUGUGGGAAGGCAUUUUCACUUUCAGGCCAACUUGUGUCACAUAUGAGAACUCACACUGGAGAGAGGCCAUACAAGUGUGACCAGUGUGGGAAAAGGUUCUCUGCAUCAUCCAGUCUCAAAGCACACAUGAGAACUCACUCCUGGGUCAUAGUAUAUGAGUGUGACCAGUGUGAAAAGGCUUUUAAAACAUCCCAGCAACUCUCCAGUCACUACAAAACGCACACAGGAGACGAACCAGACGAUUGAAGAAAAAGGGGAUGGCUUUCAGUUCUGUGAGGAACAUGUCUAAAUCUUCCAGACUGAAGAGAAAAUUUGCAGCUGUGACCAGUGUGGAAGGACUUUGAGAAAACCUGCUCAUCUGAAGCUGCACCCUCUUGAACACACUAAAGGAGAAAGUGCUGCUGAGGCUGGAUCAAUUGAGCUUAAAUUCAUACUCAAAAAGUUGGAAAUCGGGCUUCAGAGACUUCAGACUGUGGAGCUGAGCACAGUGUAGUAUAAAAAAUUAAAAGCUUAAAAUGAUAUGUCAAGAUUUUAAUUGUUUUUAUUCGAAAGUAGCACAGCCGUGAGGUCUUAAAAGUCUUAAAAAGGUCUUCAAUUUCAUGUUCCUAAAUUAAAAUUAUGUUUUUCAAGUCUUUUUUUUUUUCACAAAGGACUUAAAUUUCAUUAGAUUUUUUUUUUAUACUCACCCAUGCUGUUCAGUGGAGGGAGGAAAAAAACAAUAAUGUGAAAUCAGGCAACGUGAAUGAAUGUCUAAUUUGGAGUAUGUGCAAACAAUACUUUGUUUUCUGGCGCCGGUGUCUAUGAGUAAACAAUCAGUAGAGUGGAGGAAGACAUUAGAUGGGUCAUGGGGAAGUGCAGGUUUAAUCCACAAUGGCUUUUAGAUUCUAGAUAUAGUAUUUGGUUGGUCAUUAUUAGAAUUGGAUCUGGAGUUUUUCGCCGGCAUAAUGGGUGCAAUAUUGGUCUUAAUUUUCAUUUGAAUGGUUUUAAAAUGGUCUUAAAGUCUUAAAUUUAGAGUAGUCAAACCUGAGGAUACCCUUUUAACAGAAGUUUGUCCAUCUUAUUCAUCACUGUUUAAGAAGAGGGACUGGAGGGUGUGUUCCAACUACACGGGAAUCACACUCCUCAGCCUCCCCGGUCAGGUCUAUUCCAGGGGACUGGAGAGGAGAAUCUGGCCAAUAGUCGAACCUCAGAUCCAGGAGGAGCAGUGUUGUUUUUGUCCUGGUCGUGGAACACUGGACCAGCUCUUCACUCUCCAUCGGGUGCUCGAUGGUUCAUGGAAGUUUGUCCAACCAGUCCACGUUUGUGGAUCUAGAGAAGGUGUUCAACCGUGUUCCUCGUGGUGUCCUGUGGGGGGCGCUCCGGUAGUAUUUAUUUUAACUACACAUGCUGUACGAUGGUUUAAUAAUUUUACAAUUUAAAGUAUGUUACCGUGGCUUGUUAAACUUUUUGUAAGACAUCUAACAGGUUCUUUUGUGCUGAUUCUUUACCCUGCAGCAGGUCAAUACAGACAGCACCCCCCUAGUAUAUUUUUUACAGAGGAAGGAGGUUUUGAGAUCUGUUGAAAAAUUUAGACUUUUAAGUCGAGAUGUGACAGGUAAGGAUAAAGGGAAACUCAAGCUGCUGCUGUUUUUUUCUGAAAUGAAGCCCUUUGUUUUAAGAUGCACAAUUCAGCCAUUUUAUUUAUUUUCUCUAAUUCAUUUUAAACUGCAGCCCUGUAUAUAAUGUAGACCUACUGUGUGUUUCAGUGUUAAAAAUACAUUUUGUGGAAAUGUUUUUCACUUGUAUUUUCAUUGAUUUGACAGUCCGAUGUUCAUACAU